AUGUCCAUCACUCAGUUCAGUGAUGAUGCUUACAAUAAAUACCCCGACAACACAAACAACGACCAUCCCGGAACUCUCAUAGGAAACUGGUUCGAGGAAACCCAAAUUCGGCAAGCGACUGGGGAAGGGCGAACGGUGCCGCAAAGACAUCUCAAGAGGCGAGGGCUUCUCGAUGGUGAUGGUCCCGAGGUUUGGCCCACUCCAGUGGAAAAAGACAACACGUUCGAGCGUGUACACGGCAAGCGACUGAGUUCUGCCAAGUUCGACACAUGUGCGGGUGAUGUUGGCAAUUACAAAUGCCCUAUUACAGGUAGAAAUUUGAUGGCGAAUGACGCUGAAUGUCUUGGCGUCCGAGUGCGUUGUGAUGCUGACUUUGCCAAGAUGAGAUUAAUCGCCGAGGAACAAGUUAAUUCUGCUGAUUGUCGCGAAUCGGGCCAAACAAAGAUGCGCUAUUUCGACACCGAAAAUGCGGCGAAUUACGUCGGCGAUCAACCCGAGAAGUGA